AUGAAAUCCAGAAAUCAAAGUGAAGCAGGAAUGUUCAUACUUUUGGGAUUUCCAAGCAGUAGGCAAUUUCAGUUACUUUUCUUUGGAAUAUUCUUUGCCAUCUAUAUCUUGACCAUUGCUACAAAUAUGCUCAUUAUUGGGAUUGUGACCUUGGAUUGUGCUCUAAAGAAAAUCCCUAUGUAUAUAUUUUUAUCCCAUUUCUCUUUCCUUGAGAUCUGGUAUAUUACUUCUACAGUGCCGAAGAUGCUGGUGGAUGUUAUGACUGACAACAACACAAUUUCAUACAAUGGUUGCCUUACCCAGGUCUACUUUUUCUAUGCAUUGGGAUUCACUGAACUAUUUUUCCUUUCUGUAAUGGCAUAUGACAGGUACUUAGCCAUAUGCCAGCCACUACGCUACAACACCCUUACUACCCCCAACCUAUGUCAGCAAAUGGCUUUGUGGUCAUGGAUUUGUGGAUUUUUGAGCAGUCUCUUAUUGGUCAUUCCUAGCUCAAAGCUCUUAUUUUGUGGUCCAAGAAUCAUUAACCACUUUUUUUGUGACUUCAUACCACUGUUAAAUAUCUCCUGCAAUCAAACUCUGCCUACAGAUGUAAUUUACUAUGCUUUUGCUUGGAUCAUCAUACUAUAUUCCUUUCUUCUAACCAGUAUGUCAUAUGUACAGAUUGUGAGGGCAGUGUAUUGCUUGCCUUCCCAGUUAGGUAGAAGCAAAGCUUUUUCAACAUGUGUGUCUCACCUAACUGUUGUUCUGACCUUCUAUGGCACAAUUAUCUUUAUGUAUAUCCGGUCCUCCACAAAAGUAGAUAAGGUUGUGUCUAUAUUUUAUGCAGUUGUAAUUCCACUAAUUAAUCCUCUUGUUUAUACUCUCCGAAACCGUGACUUUCAUGCAGCACUGAAA